UCUCACCAUAACACAAAUUCUCUAAUCUUCCAAACGCAAAUGGCAUCCAUGACAAUGGCAUCCUCAUUCCUUGGUGGCUCCGCCGCUAUUUCAGUCACCAAGCAACCCUCCACCACCACCACCAGCAGCCGCCGCGCAAUGGUGGUGAUGGCCAAGGCCUCAGUUGAUCAGAAAGUUGUGGUGGCUGAUCAAAAGGAGGGGAACAGCAGCAAUGGGAGGAGGGACAUGAUGUUUGCGGUUGCAGCCGCGGCUGCAUUUUCCGUGGCCAAAAUUGCAUUGGCCGAUGAGGAGCCGAAGCGUGGGACCGAGGCCGCUAAGAAGAAGUACGCACAGGUGUGUGUCACGAAUCCAACAGCUCGCAUUUGCCGUUACUAGUCGCAUCAUCCGUGCGUACGACGACAAGUUGAAUUUGCGCAUCGAGCGUUUCUAGAAUUGAUGAUGCUUUUGCUUAUUUAAUUUUACGGUGUCUCGAAUGACAAAUGUUUAUUCUGCUCUCAAAAUAUUAUUCGGUUUCUAUAUCAUUAAUUACUUCUAUAUAUAUCUCC